AUGACUCUUGAGGCAAUAUAUCAGCAAGACCCGUUUAUGUAUGGUUACAGGGAUUAUGGUUACAAUAUGGGUUUUGCCGGAUACCAUGAAAACAACCUGCCGGAGGAGGAUAACGGCCAGCCGGUCAACAACGCCGGGAACUGGGACUCGCCGCCGACGACACACAACAGCAGCUCCUCGUCGGAGGGGACCUGCGGCGGAGGGGACGGGUUCUUCGGCGGCGCCGGAGGGGAGGUCAUGUACGAGGCGCCGGGGGCGGAGGCGGCCGGAGGCGCGCGGCGGAAGAGGCGGCGGGCGAAGGCGGUGAAGAACAAGGAGGAGAUGGAGAACCAGAGGAUGACCCAUAUUGCAGUCGAGAGGAACCGCAGGAGGCAGAUGAACGAUUACCUGGCCGUGCUCCGGUCGCUCAUGCCGCCGUCUUAUGCUCAGAGGGGUGAUCAAGCGUCCAUCGUCGGUGGCGCCAUAAACUUCACCAAGGAGCUGGAGCAACUGCUCCAAUUCCUUGAGGCCCACAAGUUGACCGGUCAACACCCGAGGAUGGUCAACGCCGCAUCGUCCAUGUUCUCCAACUUCUUCACCUUCCCGCAGUACUCGAUGAGCCAGCCGUCGGCCGCCGCCUCCGCCGCCGAGGGCGCGGUGGAGAAGCGGUCGGGGGUGGCGGACAUCGAGGUAUCGAUGGUGGAGAGCCACGCGAACGUGAAGAUCCUGUCGAGAAGGCGACCCAAACAGCUCCUUAAGAUGGUCGCCGGAUUUCAGUCCCUCAGCCUCACCAUUCUUCACCUCAACAUCACCACCGUUGACCAGUGCAUGCUCUACUCCUUCAGCGUCAAGGUUGAGGAUGAGUGCCAAUUGACUACAGUGAACGAGAUCGCCACGGCGGUGCACGAGAUGAUGGAGAUGAUCCAAAGAGAGUACCAAUCCAACGGCGGACACGCCGCCACAUGA